UUGCCAUCUGGCAACACUGCACUGGUUACAUCACAAUUUUGGAUUUUUAGGCCAAUUUUCCGGCGUAAAUCUUCUACUUUGAAUAGAUUUUGAACAUAGAAAACUAAUAAAAUACCAUCAUGAGUGCCUGGAGGCAAGCUGGUUUAAAUUACAUAAACUACUCAAACAUUGCUGCCAAAGUUUUAAGGCGCUCACUUAAGCCCCAACUGAGGACCGAAGCCCUACGAAGAGAUGAAUCCCACGUUCGUAUAACCCCAUGGGCUAAUGGCCGUCCAGCGCAUGAAAAGGAUUAAGCUAAGACGGCUCAAGCAUCAAAGUAGAAGAUGAAAUCCAGACCAUCAUUCAAAACUCUUAUUUAUUAGUAAAACUAUGAAAUAAACAACUGUUGAGUUAA